AUGUCAGACCUCACUGCCUCCCGUUUUCGGGAGUAUAAGGUGAUGUAUACCACAGAGAUCACUCAAAAGCGUAAACGGUGGCAUGAUGGGACUUUAAGGGUGUUUGACUUUAACAAUAAGUGUUUCCUGAAAGAUGAUAUUCUCGGUCAACUCGUGGAGACAUCCUUUGUUGAUGGCUCCAUAGCUUUCAAUGACGGAGCCCUGGUCAAUCUUGAAGGCGUUCUCAUCGAGGUUGAGUAUUUGCUAGCUGUUUACGAGAGAGAUGCAAGUUCCGUCAUAUGCGGGUCACUUGGGACACAUCCUCAAGACGUUAAACCCAUUACGAAGGUUCUUUGGGAAUCCGAGAAACAUCAAAGUCAUGACGACUACAAGGUAGUUGAUAACGUUACCAAGCGGGUUGAGCAACGUCCAAGAUGGAGACCAGUGGGGCUACCACGUCCUCGUUCUAAGAAGUAA